AUGCAAAGAGUAAUCAAGAUAAUUAAGGGUAGCGCUAAACAAAGUGUUUACAGUCGCGCGGGACACAAUGAGGCGGAGGGGCGUCGAGACGCUUGCCCACAUCGCAGGUUCAUUGUCUUAAAUAUAGAUGUACUUCAAGAGACUACAUUAAAAUCCUCAUUAAUAUCCCAAAGUCGAGAGCGAAGACAAAAGACGCAAGAAGUGGAAACAUCUCUUGAUGCUGAUGAGAGUGCAACUAUCGAGACGCGAGAUAAGUUUAAUAAAAAAUGCGAGGGGAAGUUGGGGCGGAGCAACCCCACAGUAAAAAAACGCGUGAACAUUUGUAGCAAUAAUUCGAGCCACAAGCCAUGGGCCGCGGCUGCUGUUGAAAGAAUGAUACAUCAUCAGACCAAUAAUAAAUCACACAUGAUUCAAUUAGAAAAAUACUACGGGAUGGCGAAAAACCGGUAA